UUAGUCAAACUACCGUUCGACGCCAUCGCAGACAAGAAUCAGUUUGGAGAAGUAGACAUGCAAACCAGGUAUUUUGAUCCUUUGCUGUCGUCCAUGUUGGCAGAUACAACGAGGAAAGUUGUAUUACGAUGGCCGAACAAAGCGGACACAAUGACCAAUGACAUUCGACCGGACGCCAUUGUAUCCACCAUGGUCCAACGCACAUUUGGGCAAUCCCUUGGUUUUGGGGAAGUCAAGCUUGGCGGCGACAGCACCACCAACCAUUCCCUUUGCCUGGACACUCUCAGGCUCUCCGUCUUGUCGCGCAACAGCGUCUUGAAGUAUGGCCAUCCCGUUCUCACUUUUCAAGUCAAUGAAAUUGGCCGCAUCACCCUGCCUAAUUCAUUGUCCUCUCUUCACUCAUUCAUAACACUAAAAAAUAUCCGUACUUUAUUGCGCGUCACCCAUUUAUUCUGGCAUUGCUGCUACCAAAUACAAUCAUCACCAAUCGACAACUCAACUUUUUCUUUCUCUGAAAGUCUCCAUGCCACACAAUUACUCCAAAUGAUUAACAAUACUACCUCAAAGUAUCGUCACUGCAGCAUUCAAUAUUAA